AAUGGCCAAAUGAUACUAUCACAAAAUCACAAUCCAAAAUUGUUUGUAAACGUGCUCGCUGCAUAAAAAAGCGAACGUAUUUGGUAAAAGUUAAUGUUUAUUUAUUUAUGUACAACAUAAGUUAUUUUGUGUGAAGAGUCUAAGGAAGAGAAUCAAUUGGACGGAAUCGUCGAGGUAUGGCGUCUCUGUUCGUAGCUGAUCUGGACCCGAGAGUGGACGAAGCAAUGCUGUUCAAGGUAUUCUCUGACGUUGGUCCAAUAGCGUCCAUCAGGCUCUGUCGCGAGAAAAACACGAAAGAACAUCUGGGCUGCGCGUACGUCAACUUCAAACAGCAAGCCGACGCCGAAAUCGCUCUGGAGAAGAACAACUUCGAGAUCAUCCACGGUCGCCCGAUGCGGAUCAUGUGGGUGAAGAUCUCGUCGAUCUUCCAGAAGCCUGACGGGGGAAACAUCUUCGUGAAGAAUCUGCCCAAGAACGUGGACAUCAAAAAGUUCCGCGGGAUGUUCGUGGCCUUCGGGAACGUAGUGAGCUGCAAGCUGGCCUUCGACGGGCAGGGCGAGUCCAAGUGCUACGGCUACGUGCAGUUCGAGAGGGAGGACUCGGCGGACAGCGCGAUCGAGCAGCUGAACGGCGUGUGUGUCGGCGGGCGGGAGCUGGUGGUCAGCAGGUUCGUGCCGCGGGAGAGGCGCGCGCGGGAGCAGCAGACCAACAACAUCUACAUCAAGAACCUGCCCGAGGACCUGGGGGCCGCCGUGGACAUGCUGACCAGGCUGUUCCAGAGCUACGGCAGCAUCCUCAGCUGCAAGGUGGUGGACGACCGCGAGCACCGCGGGUUCGGGUUCGUGUCCUUCGAGAGCCCGCGCGACGCGGCGCGCGCCGUGGAGGAGCUGGACGGCCUGCUAUUGGCCGGCGGCAAGCGGCUGUACGUGGCGCCGGCGCAGAAGAAGUGCCAGCGCCGCGCCAUGCUGAGGCAGAGACACGAGGCGCUCAGGAGGGAGCGAGCCGAGGCCUCGCGCGGCAGGAACCUCUACGUCAAGAACCUGGACGCCUCGGUGGACGACGACUUCCUGCGCCAGCAGUUCUCCGUGUUCGGCGGCGUGCUGAGCGCCAAGGUGGCGGAGACCCUGGGUCGCAGCCGCGGGUUCGGGUUCGUGUGCCUGUCGACGGUGGAAGAGGCCUCGGCGGCCAUCGCCGCGAUGCACGGCCGCGCGGUGCGGGGGAAGCCCAUGUACGUGUGCCUGGCGCAGACCAGGGAGGAGCGCAGGGCCUACCUCGCGGAGAAGUUCCGCCGCGCCGACCUUGAACCCAGCAGUGAGCCCGUCAAGGUGCAAGAAGUUCCCGGCACCUCGCACCUUCCGCAGGGCGACGACAGCUGCCGCGCCUCCGAGGCAGUCCGGGUCUCGAGUGAUUCCACGACCCAGACGGAGAUGCGCGACGACGGCGACGGAGAACCGGUUCCCGGAGGAACGCCGCCAGAGGCCCUGCAGAUGAAGAACACGCCGGAUGAUCCUCCUGCCACGCUCAUCUCAGGCGAGGAAGAAAACUCCUGUGAUCACCCCCACGAGUUGGUGAGAGAGCAAAAUGGUGAGUUUGAAAACGAGGAGAGUAAAACCCAAGACAUUUUCACAGAAGCAGCCAAGUGCGAAGCUGGUGAAUCCGUCCCGUCGCACAAUUCGUCUCAUGGCGGAACAGAAAGUUCGACGGUUGAGCAGUUGCUACUUGUUGUUCGGGAAAUGUACCCGGAAAGUGUCGACAAAGUGAAAGAUUUUUUAAGAGGAGCUGAUUUGUCUGGACUUCAGUCCGCGGUGCGAGACAGAAAAGAAAUGGAAAGAAAAAUCACGAGAUUGGUGACACUCAUCGAAAUUCACGACUUCAUGACGUACAAGAAAGACGAAUUUUACUCUGAAGCUUUAAAACAGGAGCUCCUGCAGAAAUUCACUUCGUAACCUGCAACAACCUUUAAUGCAAGUCAAGGAAAAGGGUUUUCUACAAUUUUAAUUCAUCGAGCGUUUUACACUCGUCGUAAGUAUUCGUUGGGAAAUGUUAUUUCAGGACAAGAAAUUAAAUCAUAUACGAGAACGCCACUGCACAAAAGUGAUUUGUAUAAAACAGUUGGAACCACCCGUGUAUCUAGAUUUUGUAUUAGCGUGUAAAAUGAAAAUCAAUAAAUCUUAACUUUUGAGUUGA